AUGCGGUCACUACAACGUUCUGCUGUUGAACCUGUCAUUGUCAGACAAAAUGCACCUGAAGUUGGAGAGUAUUGCUCUGCGCCAAUAGCUUCGCCAUGGGGAGAGAUCACAUUUUCCACUACUUCUACUUCAAGAGGCUCCGCUCCUGCAACGACGGCAGCACUUAGGUGCGCAUUUGGUCGAUGGAUGGUUGGCCCAUCAUUCUCCACCUGCACUCGUGGAGUAUUUCGACCGUUACUGGGUAAAUGCAGUGAUGACAGAGAAGAAGCUCUACCAGGAGUCUGCAUGCCAUUGACACCGCCUACCAACGGACUGAUCACCUACAUCCAAGCAGGAAGGCAAGAAAAUUUUGAAAUUGGAACAACAGCCUUGCUCUACUGCAUGGCUUCACAUGCGGUGACCGGCCAGGCCACAGUGGUUUGUUCCAAAGACGGAUGGCAACCAGCCACUGGGCUAGGCACUUGUGAUCCAACAGAACGCCAGAACUAG